AUGUUCUUUUUACCUUGUCAAAAUACGUAUGAUUAUACACUACCAAUGUGCAAUCCAAAUCCAUGCUAUGAAUCAUAUGGUAUUCUUGGUAUGUGGGAAUAUAUUGUCAAUACUACUGCACCCGUUUUAAUUGAAGCCGUUGCCAGUAUUUCAUUUCUUGUACGUGUUCAUUUACAAAGACAACGUCUUCGUCGUUCAAAUCAGUGGCGUAAAAAUCGUCGAAUAAUAUUACAAUUAUUAUUUGUGUCAAUUUUGAAUAUUGGUUUCAAUGUACCCCCUUAUCUCAUCUCGUUGGCUCAUUUUUGUGGUCUACCACCAGAGUACGGUGUUGAAGCUCAACGCUAUUUCUAUUUUCUUGGUUAUUUUGUCAUUUUUCUUUUUCCAUUCGCAUGUUUAUUUCAAUAUCCUGAAUUACUUUCGACAAUCAAAGAGAAACUAUUCUGUAGAAUGCCACAAGGACAGCAUCAAAUGGGUGCUUCUAUACCUGUGACGAUGAGCAGAAGGGUGCGUACUAUUCAAUAGUCCAACGCAGUAAAACGGAAACUAUUGAUUUAUCUUUUUGAGAAGUUGGGUGUGUGAUAUAGCUACCAAGAUCUAGAUGUCGUCCCUGCUAGAGGACUCAUCAGUUGGCUUGAAUCGCAAAUAUGUAUAUAUCUGUAUGAUUACGAAAAUCAAACACAAGAUAUAGACAAUCUACACUGCUAUAUCUCGAUUAAGAGACAUAGUAGCAGUUAUACAGUUAAGAAACUGUGAUGUAAUAUAGCUGCCAAGAUCGAAAUUGUUGUUGAUCUAUGUGAUUGUGUUAUCCUUGAAGUGUUUCGUGUUCGGAUUUCUGCAGUUGAUUUAAAGUGAGACCGAUUGCAACCACAUAUUGUGAUUUAUCAUUUUUUAUCUAAAGAUAUAAAUAUAUUGUCAAGAGUUAAUAACUUGUAUCAUUAUGUGUAUGGUUUAUUAUGAGUUUAUUUUGUUUAUCAAUUUUUCAUUUAUAUUGAAUUUUUAUUACGGUGAUACAUGGUUUUUAUUCGUGCUGUGUCAUAUAACAGUUUUGAUAUAUUUAUCCUUUUUUCUUGUGGAUCUGUAUGUAUCGGUUGGUUUCUAGCACUUCUUGUCAUUUUGAUUUGUGCUAUCUAUCUUGAUGGUUUUAUUGUAAGGAGAUAUUGUUUUAGACGUUUGUAUACAAGUCUAUGGCAAAGCGUUCGAUUGCUUUUUUGUUGCUACAAUAAGUUUUCUUUCAAUGAUUAUUGUGUCAUGAAGUGUAUCUUGCCAAGUUAGAUGUAUAUUUUUCUUCGCAGAUUCAAAUCUUUUCUCAUGUUUUGUGUGUAGAAAAAGUAGCUUUUUCCAUGAUUUGUUUUGCUUGUCUUAUGCAUCAUUUUCGUUAAAUGACAUUGUAGAAUUUUUUGAUUUAUUAGUUUCUGGUAGAGUUGGUGUUGUAAAUUGUUCUUUUUGUGUGUGUAUGGUAGUUGAUGUACCUAGGAAUUGUUUUCGCAUGUCUUUACAGUCGUUUUCAUUUCUUAUUAAUUUCUAUAGUAUUCGUGUGAAUCUUUUGAUAUUUGAAAAAAAUCUUCUAAAAUGAGUAUCUAUAAAUGUUGUUGGGUACCUAAUAAAGUAGUAAAAUUAUUUUUGUAGAUGUUAAAUGAAGAGAUUUUUUGUUACCCAUUGUAGAGUAAUGUCAUUCGAAUAUUCCGACGCUCAUUAUCGAGUGCUUCUAAAGUUGAUGAGUAGCGAAUGGCUCGUGUGAGAACGGUUUUAAUUAUAGUUGCAAAUAUAUGGCAUGGAUGAUCUGAUUUGAAUGGAGGAAUGUAAGACUCUGCUGAAUCUUUGUAAUACACGUGUGUUGAUAAUAUACCACCGUUAUUUUCUAUAUGAACAUCAAAAAAAGUCUAUGAUAUUGCCAAUUUUAGCUGUUAAUAUAAUGUUUUUAUGAGAAUUGUUAGUCUUAUAGAUUAAUUUGCCAACUGUUCUUUUAAUUGAUUAAAUGUAAAGAAAACAUCGUCAAUACAUCUUAAAAUUGAAAAAACUUAGAACAAUUGGGUGUGGGUGUGGGUGUCUAUAAAUAACAAUCUCCACAUCCACAUCCACACCCUCACCCACAGCCACACCCACACCCACACCCACCCACACCCCACACCCACACCCACACCCACACCCACACCCACACCCACACCCACCCACACCCCACACCCACACCCACACCCACACCCACACCCACACC